AUGGUUACUCAUUAUAUAUGGCUCUCUCUCCCAUACUUAGCUAAUGCCUUUGAGAGAUCAGCAAAGCUUCCCAUCAACAGAAGUUUUGAAGGAUCUUUUGAAAUACCCAACAUCUCCAGUUUUUUUUCCUGGAAUAACUACACACUUGCUGACUGGCAGAGCUUUGUGGGCAGGAGAAGAUAUGGGGCAGAGUCUCAAAAUCUUACAGUGAAAGCCCUGCUCAUUGUGGCAUACUCCUUCAUCAUAGUGUUCUCGCUCUUUGGGAAUGUCCUGGUCUGUCACGUCAUCAUCAAAAAUAAAAGGAUGCACUCCGCUACCAGCCUGUUUAUUGUGAAUCUAGCUGUAGCAGACAUAAUGAUAACGCUGCUCAAUACUCCCUUUACUUUGGCUCGGUUUGUGAACAGCACAUGGAUAUUCGGGAAGGGGAUGUGUCACAUCAGUAGAUUUGCACAAUACUGCUCCCUCCAUGUCUCUGCUUUGACUCUCACAGCAAUCGCAGUGGACAGACACCAGGUUAUAAUGCAUCCUCUGAAACCUCGCAUAUCCACUGCAAAAGGCAUGGUCUACAUCUCUGUCAUCUGGAUUAUGGCAACGUGUUUCUCCCUCCCACAUGCUAUUUAUCAAAAACUAUUCACUUUUGAAUACAGUGAAGAUGUCACCCGAUGCCUGUGUCUCCCAGAUUUCCCUGAACCAGCUGACCUCUUCUGGAAGUAUCUAGACUUAACAACGUUCAUUUUGCUCUACGUUCUGCCCCUUUUAAUCAUCUCUGCUGCCUACCUGAGAGUGGCCAAGAAACUCUGGCUGCGCAAUGCCAUUGGGGAUGUGACCACGGAGCAGUACUUCGCCCUUCGGAGGAAGAAGAAAAAGACCAUUAAGAUGCUGAUGGUGGUGGUUAUCCUCUUUGCUGUUUGCUGGUUUCCUUUGAACUGCUACGUCGUCCUCCUUUCCAGCCAAACUAUUCGUACCAACAAUGCCCUGUACUUUGCUUUUCACUGGUUUGCAAUGAGCAGCACCUGUUAUAACCCCUUCAUUUACUGCUGGCUCAAUGAACAUUUCAGACUGGAACUGAAGUCUUUGCUCAACAUGUGCAAAAAACCACCUAGCCCAAAAGAGCACAGGCUUCCAUCCACGGUUCCAUCCUACAGAGUAGCCUGGCCAGAAAACAGCAACUUCAAGAGGUCUCAGGUCUCCCAUGUCCUUCCAUCAACCUCCAAUCUCCAGUCAGGGAAGACAGACAUCACUUCAGUUGAACCUAUAGUAGCUGUGAGUUGA